AUGGCUUCCAUAUCUGCACCAAACACCAACUCGGUGCCAGGACCCUCCAGUAUCCCGCAAGACAUAAUAGCCACUAGAAGUCAAAUUCUCAGCACUUGCUUUUACAAACGUACCAAAUACUACUUUCCCCAUCACGAUUCCCAAGUAGAGCAAUUUUCCAAGGAUGUGUACCGGUUAUUCUCCCACUGUUACAAAACUGAAGUCCCAAACCUGGGUAUUUUAGCGCGCCUCCCUCAGGAUAUCCUCGAAGGUAUCCUCUUGCAGCUAGACAUAGAUUCGUUCCGCCGGUUUAGACAAGUUAGCCGGAGGGCGCGAUACCUCGCAACAGCUCUCCUCUUCUACCAGCGAGUUCUGCGCCACGCCCCUGAUGCCCUCAAUGCUUUGAGACGAACAGACCUUAGCGGUUAUGUCUCAUACUCGGAUGUCUACACCGCACUGAUGACAACGAAGUGCACUUUCUGCGGACAGUUCGGCGAUUUUUUGUUUCUCCCUACUGCUGAACGCUGCUGCUUUCAGUGUCUUCGCACUUCACCAGAGACAGCUCUCGUCAACCCAGCACGCAUAAGUAGAAGACAACCGUGGAAGGGCUUGUACACCGACCACGCUGAUGUCAUCACCAAUACCGUAGAGUCGAUGGGUGUGCGUUCUUUCAAGACACACAACUGGGAUGACGUUCAGAAAAUGUCCAAGACUCGUGGCGUUCUAGCAAAGGACUUACUAGCCGCUUAUAUUAAAGUCGACAGUACCCUGGAAGAACCUGGCCGAGCCCUUCUAAACCCCGGCUGGCUACACUACCGUCUCGCAGCAAGCAUCAUCUUCCCCUGCCUCAGUCUUCGUAGGGGAAAGGUCAAGACGGGGGUAAGCUGUAUAGGCUGUCAUAGGAAGAUCUGGAGUCAAAACGACGCAUCGCUCAUAUCCGUGUCGAACGCAAAUAUCUCGUCCAAUCCGUGUUUUCGAGCUCGCGAUCGAUCAUACUCUGAAGACGAAGCUGUCUCGCAUUUCUCCCGAUGUGCGGAGUCGCAGCGGGUCUGGUGGGCAAGUGGAAGAAAUAGUGUUCGAUGUAUGUUUAUCCAGCAGGGGGGGAUUCAUUAUUACAAGGCGAAUAAGUGGCGGCGAGAUGAGGAGAACUUGAGUGGUUGA